AUGGCGAACCUCCAAAGAUCAUCAUCUCUCAUUGACUCCAGAAGCGGUUUCUGCAAAUCAAACUCCACAUUCUAUAGCAAACGCAACCCAUUGCCUCUCCCAGCGAACCCUUCCCUUGAUGUCACCACUUUCAUCUCCUCUCAGCCUCACCACGGCACUACCGCCUUCAUCGACGCCACCACUGGCCACCUGCUAACCUUCUCCGAUCUCUGGACAGCCGUGGAACGCGUCGCGGACUGUCUCCACCACGAUAUCGGGUUACGUAGAGGCCACGUCGUCCUCAUCCUGUCCCCAAACUCUGUCUAUUUCCCCGUCGUCUCCCUCGCCGUAAUGUCGCUCGGCGCUGUCGUCACCACCGCGAACAUUGUCAACACCGCCGGUGAGAUAUCAAGACAGACCUCCGACAGCAAGCCAAUGCUCGCCUUCACAACACCCGACCUUGCUCCUAAACUCGCCGGUUUAAGUAUCCCCGUCGUACUAGAGAGCGUGGGGUCCACUCACGGAGUCAACGUCGUCGGGGUAGUGACCGAGAUGAUGAAGAAGGAACCGAGGGGGCAGCGAGUCAGAGAAAGAGUCAACCAGAACGACACGGCGAUGCUGCUUUACUCGUCGGGCACAACAGGACCGAGCAAGGGAGUGAUCACGUCUCACAAGAACUUAACUGCUUACGUGGCGAGGUUCGUCUCGGAGAAACUGGUAGGCGACCAGAUCUUCCUCUGCACCGUGCCAAUGUUCCACACCUACGGACUACUGUGUUUCUGUCUGAGCACCGUCGCAUCCGGCUCGACGGUGGUGACACUCCGGAGAUUCGACCUCCACGGUGUGAUGGAAGCGGUUGACAAGUACAGAGCCACGACUCUGGCAGUAGCGCCGCCGGUUGUAGUAGCUAUGACUAACGAGGCGGAUGUGAUCAAGGCCAAGUACGAUCUGAGCUCGCUGAGAAUCGUGAGGUGCGGUGGAGCGCCGUUGAGUAAGGAGGUGACUGGAGGGUUUAGGGAGAAAUAUCCAACGGUUGAUAUUUUUGGUGGUUAUGCUUUGACGGAAUCUAAUGGUGCGGGAGCUUCGGUUGAGACGGUGGAGGAGAGUCGGAGAUACGGUUCGCCGGGGUUGUUGACGCCCGGUGUGGAGGCGAGGAUUGUGGAUCCGGAUUCGGGUCGGGUUUUGGGUGUUAACCAAAUGGGCGAGCUCUCGCUCAAAGGGCCUACUAUUGCUAGAGGGUAUUUUAAAACCGAAGAAGCUACAAAUGAAACCUUUAAUUUGGAAGGAUGGCUAAGAACUGGAGAUAUCUGUUACAUCGAUGAAGAUGGGUUUCUUUUUGUCGUGGACCGGUUGAAAGAACUGAUAAAAUACAAAGGCUAUCAGGUACCUCCAGCUGAACUAGAGGCUCUAUUGGUUACUCAUCCAGACAUUCUAGAUGCCGCUGUUAUUCCGUUUCCUGAUAAAGAAGCGGGACAAUAUCCAAUGGCCUACGUGACACGAAAGCUUGAGAGCGACCUAUCAGAGAAACAAGUUAUUGACUUCGUGUCUAAACAGCAGGUUGCACCGUAUAAAAAAAUAAGAAAAGUCGCAUUUAUAAACUCUAUUCCAAAGAAUGCAUCCGGCAAAACACUUCAGAAACAAAUGGCGAACCUCGAAAGAUCAUCUCUCGUUGACUCCAGAAGCGGUUUCUGCAGAUCAAACUCCACAUUCUAUAGCAAACGCAACCCAUUGCCUCUCCCGGCGAACCCUUCCCUCGACGUCACCACUUUCAUCUCCUCUCAGCCUCACCGCGGCACCACCGCCUUCAUCGACGCCACCACUGGCCACCGGCUAACCUUCUCCGAUCUCUGGAUAGCCGUGGAACGCGUCGCGGACUGUCUCCACCGCGAUAUCGGGUUACGUAAAGGCCACGUCGUCCUCAUCCUCUCCCCCAACUCUAUCUAUUUCCCCGUCGUCUCCCUCGCCGUGAUGUCUCUCGGCGCCGUCGUCACCACCGCAAACACUCUCAACACCGCCGGAGAGAUAGCAAGACAGACCGCCGACAGCAACCCCACUCUGGCCUUCACAACUCCCGACCUUGCUCCGAAACUCGCCGGUUUAAGUAUCCCCGUCGUACUCGAGCGCGUGGGGUCCACUCGCGGAGUUAACGUAGUCGGGGUUGUGAGCGAGAUGAUGAAGAAGGAACUGAGCGGGCAGCGAGUCAGAGACCGAGUCAACCAGGAGGACACGGCGAUGCUGCUUUACUCGUCAGGUACCACAGGACCGAGCAAGGGAGUGAUCACGUCUCACCGGAACUUAACAGCCAACGUGGCAAGAUUCGUCUCGGAGAAACCGAUAGGUGAAGAAAUUUUCAUCUGCACCGUUCCGAUGUUCCACACCUAUGGACUACUGUGCUUCAAUAUGAUGACCGUAGCAUUUGGCUCGACCGUGGUGAUCCUACGGAGAUUCGACCUCCACGGUAUGAUGGAAGCGGUUGAGAAGUACAGGGCCACGACUCUGGCUUUGGCGCCGCCUGUCGUUGUGGCUAUGAUCAACGAAGCGGAUGCGAUCAGGGCCAAGUACGAUCUGAGCUCCCUGAGAAGGGUGAGGUGCGGUGGAGCGCCGUUGAGUAAGGAGGCAACGGAAGGGUUUAGGGAGAAGUAUCCGACGGUUCAUAUAUUUCAAGCGUAUGCGUUGACUGAGUCAAACGGUGGAGGGGCUUUUAUUGAUACGGUGGAGGAUAGCAGGAGGUUCGGUACGUCGGGGUUGUUGACGUGUGAUGUGGUGGCGAGGAUUGUGGAUCCGGGUACGGGUCGGUUAAUGGGAGUUAAUCAAACGGGUGAGCUCUGGCUCAAGGGACCGACUAUUGCAAAAGGUUAUUUUAAAAACCAAGAAGCUACGAAUGAAACCAUCAACUCCGAAGGAUGGUUAAAAACUGGAGAUCUUUGCUAUAUCGAUGAGGAUGGUUUUGUUUUUGUCGUGGAUCGACUGAAAGAACUAAUAAAAUACAAAGGCUAUCAGGUGCCUCCAGCUGAACUAGAAGCUCUCCUGAUCACUCAUCCAGACAUUCUCGAUGCCGCCGUAAUUCCGUUUCCUGACAAAGAAGCAGGACAGUAUCCAAUGGCUUACGUGGCACGAAAGGUUGAGAGCAACCUCUCUGAGAAACAAGUUAUUGACUUCAUCUCUAAACAGGUGGCACCGUAUAAAAAAAUAAGAAAGGUCGCAUUUAUAAACUCCAUACCAAAGACUGCAUCCGGCAAAACACUUCGUAAGGAUCUAAUCAAGCUCGCCACUUCUAAACUUUGA